AUGGCUUCCCAAGAGAACCGAGAGCAUUCUGCUCGGUCGACAACCCACCAAAACGGAGAGGGAUUACCACAUUUUGCGCACAACAGAGGUACCGGCAAUUCGAGAGUGGGAGGCAGAGGCAACUCGCGAUCUGGACACAGAGGUGGCUCGGGAGGCCGAGGACGUCGAGGAGAUCAAGGGCAUCGAGGAAAUGGGGCAGGUAGAGGAGCUUGGGUGGGGUCCAAUAAGAAGAAAGAAGUCGGGCGCGCAGAAUGGGCUCGUACUCCAUUUGACCGAAGAGCACGCAACAACGAGCGAGCUGCGAAACGACAAAAAGUAGACGGCCGAAAGGAGGACCUACCAGUCUACGCUACCAAGUUUUCGAAAGAGGAGAUUGAGACUCAGGAGAAGAAACCUAAGCGGAAGGUCGCUGUGAUGCUUGGUUACUCCGGCACUGGAUAUAAGGGCAUGCAGCUAAAUCACCAUGAGAAGACUAUCGAGGGCGACCUAUUCAAGGCCUUUGUUGAUUCAGGUGCGAUAUCGAAAGCCAACGCCGAUGACCCGAAGAAGUCCUCGCUCAUCAGAUGCGCUCGUACUGACAAGGGAGUCCAUGCUGCUGGCAAUGUGAUAUCGUUGAAACUCAUCGUCGAGGACCCAGAUAUAGUCGCCAAGAUCAAUGAGCAUCUGAGCCCACAGAUACGAGUUUGGGGCAUCGAGAGAACCAAUGGUAGCUUCAGCUGCUACCAGCACUGCGAUUCGAGGACUUAUCAAUAUCUCAUUCCAUCACACUGCUUUCUACCACCUCAUCCGAAAAGCUUCCUUGCCAAACAGAUGGUAGAGCUUGCAGAAGAGGCCAACGAUCUGGAAGGCUAUCAAUCCCGUCAAAAGGAGGUUGAAGACGUCUGGUCUAAGAUGGAAGAGGAAUAUGUCAGACCUGUCAUUGAAGAGAUGGAACUCUCAAUACGGGACGAAGUACUCAGAGCAUUCUAUGAGCACGACAACAGUCCUGCAAAUAGCGCAUCGACGAUUGGUACCGAAGCUCUGAAGCAAACCAUCAGUGGUGUUCCCAACCAGGUUAAAGUUAUCUCAGCAGUUGAGGAUGUUAGUGCCACGGAAAGCAAAAAUAGUCAAGAAAGCACUGCAGACAUCUCCUCAGUCCUAGCGCUCGAAACAGUCAAUGUAGAAGCCAUGGAGACGCGAGAAGAGAGGCCGAGAGAACUUACGCCUGUGGAAAUCGCCCUUCGUGAUCUUAAAGCCGCCCAUAUCAAGGCAAAAAAGGCUUAUCGAAUUCACCCUGCUCGCGUUGCGCGAGUCCGCUCCCACCUGUCCCGCUAUAUUGGCACACAUAAAUUCCACAACUACACAAUCGAAAAGACCUUCAGAGAUCCUUCCGCCACAAGGGUUAUAAAAGCCUUCAACGUAGACGCUGUCCCUAUCAUCAUCAAUGACACAGAGUGGCUUUCGCUCAAAGUCUGGGGUCAGAGCUUCAUGAUGCACCAAAUACGUAAAAUGGUCAGUAUGAUCGCUUUGCUCGUCCGCUGCGGUUGUCACGAGGGCCGCAUACAGGACUCCUAUAUGGCUGAUAAACUCAGCAUACCCAAAGCACCUAGUCUGGGCCUUCUACUUGAAUGCCCUGUGUUUGAGGUCUACAAUGAGAAGCUUGAAGGGUUCGGAUACAACAAGAUCGAUUUCAGCAGAUAUGAGGAGGAGAUGGAAGAAUUCAAGCAGCGGGAGAUCUAUGGGCGCAUUUUCCGAGAAGAGGAAAGGGACCAUACCUUCCACUCUUUCUUCGCGGGUAUGGAUAACACCCGGAGUUCGCAGUUGUUCUAUCUGUCAAGCGCUGGAGUCGAAGCUACCAAGAAAGAGAUCAAGAAAGAUACGUUGACGGACGCGGCGGCGAAGACGAAUAUUGGCGAAGUCUUGAGUGAAGAUGAGGGAGACGCAAUAGACGAAGAAGGAUGA